AAAAUUCAAGAGGCUCCAGUUCUAAGAAACCAAAAGAUAACAAGGGAAGCAAAGAGCAGGACUCCAGUGAAUCUAGUUCAAAGGAAGAAAAGAACGAAAGGAAAAAGCAGGACUCCAGUGAAUCUAGUUCAAAGGAAGAAGAGGAUGGAAAUAGAAAGCCCUGCUUCUAUCCCAUCAACAUUCGAUGCUGGACAGAAUGGUUCGAUAGAGACGACCCUUCUGCAUCUGGAGACUGGGAAACUCUUUGCAGGCUCCGCAAAGAGAACCCUGGAAAGAUCUGCCCUAGACCAGCAGCUAUCGAAGCCAAGACUCUAUCUGGGCUCACUGUGGCUGCAGCAGGGGACGUGAUUUACAAAAAUGACAUAACUUCAGGAUUCAUCUGCAGAAACAAAGACCAGAUCAAGAAAAAGAAGUGCAACGAUUAUCGUGUUCGCUUCAGCUGCUAUCCCCCGUUUUGUGACAGAGGAGUGUGUUGGACCAGCUGGUUUAAUCGCGAUAAUCCUGGUGCAACAGGAGACUGGGAGGUUUUAAGUGAACUGAAGAAACAAUACAAAAUUUGUGACAACCCUCUGUAUGUGGACGCUGUUACCACUGACACGAUGACCCCAGCCAUCUACACAGGGGAGACCUUUUACAUGUACAAUCCAACUGACGGAUUUGUUUGCCGCAAUAAGGACCAGACUACUGGCAAGUGCAGAGACUACAAAAUUCGCUUUGGAUGCCCAUGUAACAACUGAGCCCCAAUCGAGUCCACCACGCUUAGAAUUGUGGGGAGAGAAGAAGUUCCUCUUCAUAUCACUUUAAUUUUCCUCUGCUAUUUCUUUUGUUUAAUAAUUC